AUGACAAGCCAUCCAGAUUUACAGGACACAGAGGCUGCGGGCCUGCUGAUGCUCUUUUCGCACCAGUCGCAGCGGCUUAGUGCUGGCGCCUUUGAGGAGACGCAGCCGUCGCUGUCUCCCGUGCCGGAAGCCCCCACGCAGGGCAAACAGAGCCCGUCGGUGCGGCAGAUUGAUCAGGGCGUCGUGACGUCUCCUGGUCCUGCUGCGGCCGCUCUUGCUAGUGGAUCGUCCAACAACAAGGCAAUCGUUGCUGCAGCCGCCCUUGCAGCCGCUGCGGCGACGCCGUUGCCCCUGCUGACCAGAGAUAAAGAGGAAGACAAGCCAGACAAAGACCAAAAGGAGGAGGAGAAACGGUCCGACUCCGUUGUUUCGUACGCUGUCGACCCAGACAGCGGCGUGAUUGGCUGUGUGUGUGGGUACGAGCACGAUGACGGGUUCACGAUCCAGUGCGACCGCUGUUUCCGCUGGCAGCACGCCGUCUGUAUGGGCAUUGACGACAUCGACGACGUGCCGGAGACAUAUCUGUGCUACUUGUGCGAUCCAAGUCUUGUGGUGAACGCGGACAAGGCGCGCCAGCUGCAAUCGGUGAGAGUGCAACCGAAACGGCGUCGUUCGGGUAACGACGCGCAGGCCGAGGCCGGCCAAGGACGCAAGGAGCUGGUGGACUCGAAACCGCCGAGCUCGCGGUCCAAAAAACAAAAAACGGCCUCUGUAGAGGCCGGUGACGAGGAAGAGGCCACCGGAGAGAUCGUGGAGCGGUACCAGACGCUGUAUGUGGAAAUCGACAGUUUCGAGUACAAAUCAGGGGAGGCCAAGACGUUGGUGAAAAAGUUGGCGAACCUGCUGUUGCAGAAGGAUGGCGAGGUGCUGGAGUUCAAAGACGAACGGGAGUUUGCAGGCAAACUGCUAGACAAGUCGAAGUUGGAGGUGAGGUCGAUUACAGAGAACGCGAAGGCGCGAUUUAACGGAUUAUCGAAACUAUACCUAAGCACGACCGUGGACGUGCGCCCUAACCAGUUGCUGAGCGAGAUCGUCGGCGAGAUUGACUUAAAGGACAACUAUAUUGGCGAGAGGUGGAACCAGUACUGGCUGCUGGGCUGUGCGAAACCAAAGACGUUUUUCCAUCCGCAGCUCCCGCUGGUGGUUGACCAGAGAGGACUGGGAAACGUGACGAGGUUUGUGCGCAAGUCGUGUUUCCCUAACUGCGAGGUGCGGUCGGUGGUAGUUGGAAACAAGCUGCGGUUUGUGCUUGCGGCGACGAAGAGGAUCGAGAGCGAGUCUGAGCUGACUGUGCCAUGGGAGUGGGACGCUGCGCACCCGAUCCGCAAGUUGAGAGACGCGUCGAUCGACGCCCUUUCGCACGAGGAGCAGGCCAAGCUCGUGGCGUCUGUGCAGGCGGUGCUGGACCUCACGGAGUGCGGGUGCGCGUCCGGAGACUGUUUGUUGGCGAAAGUGAGGAAAUUGGGCGCUGGUUCGCAACGGCAGAGCAGGAAAAACGUGCCAGAGCUGGAACAGACGUACGAGCCGUACGACUCGCGCGCGUUGCACAGAGAUAGAGUGAUUCUGGAAUCGCUGGGCAGGCCGUUGGAGGACGAAACGCAGAUCAAGUUCGAGUCUGCCAGUCCCGCGCCUUUGGACCCGCUGGUCCUGCCACCGAAAUACCAAAUCAUCAAAAAAUAUUUGCAGGAACCAAAAACCGCGCCAUUGGAAGCGUCCGACAAGCUGUACGUGCCGGUGCCGGUGGCUGUCAAGGAACGGACCAAGGUGGAGGUGGUGGAAGCCAAAGAGGAGGAGAAGCCCAAGGUGGUGAAGAAGUUCAGCCUGGCAGACUAUAAGAAGAAGUCGAAGGGCGAGAAGCUUGUGAAGUAAUAUGUUGCGCUCUACAUAUGCAUUUGCUAAUUUAGUAAACUUUUGAUGCUGAUUCCCGUGGACGGGCGCCACUUGGGCGUGAGGACCACCUCUGGGAUCUCGCUCGUGGGCGUCGGUCUUGUGCGUUCCAUGGUAUAUUCUCGCUCUCUGAUGGUGGGGGAGCUGAGUGGCGAGAGCGGCAGAAAAGGGAUGUGUUCCUGGCUCUGAGGCUUGCGUUUGCGCUUGCACCUGGCGAUCUCGUCCUUGUCGGGAUACACGCACGUGAGCAUGUUGCGCACACAGCCAGAACAGGCCGGCUUCUUCUCGUCGCACUUCUUCUUUCUUCUUCGACAGCAGAAACAGCCCGUCUUUGUUCGUGUGAUUUUUUUUUUCCGCUCCGCACCGCAGUUUUGGGGAGCGAGCGUAGGCGACGCUUCGGGACUCGAAGCUGGCGGCGUGACAGUAACGUGGGACUCGCGCGUCGUGAGCUUGAGCACCUUCUGGUACUCUCUGUAGUUGGCCAUGGGUAAAGGAAUGAAAAUUUGCGUGGGC